GUUUCCACGGCUACCAGCCAGCACAUGGACGACUUGUUUGAUAUUCUCAUAGAAAGUGGAGAGAUCACACCGUUUGUCCAGCAGGAAGCCCCCCCCUCUCUCAGUAAGACCCUGCCGGUCACUGCCAACAUCACCAUCCUUCCCGUCAACACCGCCCUGUCCAGACCGCCACCGCACAUCCAGGUAGCCCCUCCCCACACUCACCCCGCCCUCACCCCCACCCUGCCCGGGCUGUCCCCACUGGGCACGGACAGCCAGCUGGAAGCCUUCCUGGAGGGCACGCUGGCCGGGACGCCGCACGCGUCGGACCCCCGCACGCAGGGCCUGAUGGAGGAGCUGCAGGCUCAGCUGGCCGGCCAGCAGCCCUACUCGCCCAUGGACACGUCCGAGCUGUCCUUCUGCGACUCGUCCUCCCCGUCCUCCUCGCUCAACAUGGGCCUGUCCGACCCGGCGCUGGACAACAUGGAGUGGCUGGACCUCACCAUGCCUCCGGGCCCCGCGGGGGCGCCGCUCACACCGCUGGGGAUUCCCACGGACUUCCUGGACACGCACGACCUGCAGCUGCACUGGGACUGACGAGGAUGAGGAGGAGGGCUGGAAACGCUGAAGAGAAGAAGAAACCGUGGCUCGUCUGUGCCGUACCACUCUGACAUCUGUAAUAAUCCUGCUGAACAGGUGGAUUAGUCCACAGGCACCGGGGUUAGCACAGCUUUAAAUCUGGUGACGGUUGAACAGAAAGCAUCACACUGAGGCGCUGASGUAACAGAGCACACAGCAGCUGGUGUCAGGAUCCAGACUUUCCACAGAGACUGUAAAUACUCUUUAAACCACAGAGAGAUUUCUCUCCCUGGAGCCUGAGUUGUAUUGAUGACUGAUAAWAAGCCAGAUUAUUUCUACUCUAGAGAACAUCCUGGCAGGGCUCGGUGUCUGAACGGUCAGACUGUGACUGUUGGGGAAUUGCUGGAGACACCAAAUUGCCACAAUGUCACGCCUGCAUGAAGUUCAGGUGCAGUUUACACCUACAUGUUCCAGGAGGCUGCAGACAUAUCAAACAGAUACGACUCUUGUUCUCUACAAUUACAAAAACCAAAUUUUAGCUUCAGGAAGUUUUUGAGACAUUUUAGAGACUCUUGUAAAUGCUGUUCGCAGUUUGUCGUUGACAGUCGCGGCCCAGUGAGGGACCAGCUUUGAAUAGUUGUUUCUCACUUGGCUAGUUGGACACCAAAUUGUGAAAAACUUGCAAGAAGCUCGAUGAWUGUCUUCUUACAAACCGUUUGCUGCCAGGUGAGCCGCUGGCCUCGUCCUGCACAACCAGCUUUUGGUCACUUUUUGUGCAAGGCUUAGAAAAGUGCAGGCCGUGCACGUUAUUGCCUGCACUCGUAUUGAACUCCCAUCGAUGCAACUUGGUAGCACCCCUAUGUUUAUGAUUUAAUCAACUAGAGUAUGUGUUUAGAAUGAAUGUAGGCAGAUUUGGGAACAGUUUUUACUAAUUAUUAUUUCUCAUUUGUUCAGCUUUUAGACCUGGACUUUCAGCUAGCCUUGGAUGUUUUCUGUCAUUAGGGGAGCUCCAGCCCAGGAGUCAGCAUAGAGCUCUGGUGCUCUGGAAUGAYAGAAACGCCUACAAAUGGGCAAAAWCAAAUUUUACAACASGUUAUAAYUUCAAGCAACAAGUCUGCAAGGUGGUGAUCGUUUGGAGAUAUUUUAGAGACUGAAUGCUCUUCAACAGUCUCAGCUCACUGACGUUCUGGUUUUAAGGCUCGUUGUUCCACAUGUUCCCAACAGAACUAAUAACUCAGAUUAGAGCUGGAGUAAAAACCAAAUUAUUAUUUUUUUCCAAUAUAGAGGCAUAUCGAUGUUUGUGAACUUCAUUAAAGGGACCCCCCCCCUAAAAAAAUAACUUGGAUAAAACCAGUAAGUGCUUUGAGAACAGUCGUAUCUGUCAAAGCCACACGAGCUCAGUCUGCCGCCAAGUUUUACAAGAGUCCUCGACACACUCUGGUCUGGUCUGGUCUGGUCUGGUCUGGUCUGGUCUGGUCUGCCGCCUGCUGUGGGCAACUUCCCGACUACUCCCGACAGUUUGACGUCAGAUCCGCUCCUUUGCUCGUGUCCGCACCGACCAAACGACGACUCUAACAUAAGAUCCGACAGGAGGACAGAACUCCUCCGUCAACCUGCGAGCUAUGCACUAAAAGAGGCAGAAAGGUCUGACAAUAAAAAAUAAAAUWAAAAAAAACUACGCCUCAGAACAAUAAAAUGUGAACGCUGCAUAUCCAAGGUGAUAGACAAUAAUCUAUGAUUGUAAUCAGCAUAACUGUCAUGUUUGCUAGUUGUUCUGCAGUGGUCCAAGUCCUUAUUUUGAAUGUACUUUUGAAAACGUGACAAAAAGACAGACUUUAUUUAAAAGUUUGGCAGCUUCUUUUCUUCAGAAAUCAUAAACUGACAAAUAAAUGAAUGAAUAAAUAGAUAAAUAAAUGAAUAAACAAUAUAAAGGGAGCAAAAAAAUCAGUUUAUAAGGCGUUCAGACAAUAAGUGUGCUGCAAGUCAUAUCAGAGAAGCAAAACGUCUUUGAGCUUUAUAUUUAGCUGUCGCACAGUAUCGCUGCACCGUGUGUGUGUGCGUGCGUGCGUGUGUGUGUGUGAGUGUGAGAGAGAGAGAGAGACGCAAGCAUGUUAUCGUGUGACUCAAGUGUGGGUCUGUCUUCCCAUCUCUUGCAUGUACAUGCCUCUCCGUGUGCAUGACUGUUCUGUAUUUAUACUCCGGUUGUUUCAAACUCUUUCUAAGCUGAAGAAAAAAAAAACAAACCCAGAAACUAUUUCCUGCUUUCCACCUGCCUGGAGUUUACCUCACCAAAAAUGGUUCUGAUGACCGUCUGCAUUUGUUUUUCUUGUUCGAUCGGUGUCCCACAGUCGAUUUUAAAGGUACCCAUUGUGAAUCAUUAAAACAAAAGAAGAAAUCUGUAACAUUUUGUCUCAUCUUGAUGGUUAAUGUGCUCCUAAUUUAGCUAAAUUUGUGCCCAGAUGUGAACUACCACAGGAGUUUGUUUACGUUUGGAAAAACAGCUGAAGUGGCUCAAAAUAGAUCAGCAACAAAGGAGCCUUUUUUUCAAACCUUCUUGAUCCUCAGUUUUUAUUCUGAUCAGUUUGCUAAACUCAUUCUUCCUGUUUUCCUUUCUGUUCAGCAGCAGAUUCACUUUUAGUUUUCCAUCUGAACUACUWCAAGAUUUUACAGCUGUUCGGCAAAUUCAACCUGUGCUAUUUUUACACUGAGUGCAUAUCUGCAUUUCAGAACUGCAUAUCRGUAUAUCUAGAUAACURUUGGACCAAAAUCCCUAAAAGUGCACCAGUUGACAAACCUUCAUAUUGUUUGAUUUGAUGCUUUGCGAUGAGUACCUUUCCUCUUUUUCCAAAUAAUGUUUUGUUUAUCAGUGAAGUUGUAGAAGUAAUCUUUCCUCUGGACUUCUUCCAGUUCAUCUGGAUGGCACUUUUGAAAACUUUUUCUUUUUAAUUCUAGUUAGAAAAUUGUGUUUUUGUUUGUAACCACUYCCUCCUGCAGUUACGUCCACGGGCACUAGAGGGCGACGCCUCUUUAGGCUCAUCACUAAAAAAACAUGAUUUGGAGGAGUGGUUUCUGCCUCUGCUUUUAUUGGUGCGUCUGAAGUGUUUUGACCAUGUGAAGGAAUAAUGCCAAACACUGCACUCUGAUAGUCCUGUUUCCCACAGUGGAGGKUUUUUUUUUGACAUAACUGUUUGUUUUCCAUCACAUUGCUGUAUGGUAAAAUCUUAUAGCUGGUUUUAGUGUUUUAUUUUCUGGCUCCUUUUCUGACAUUCUGUCACUAAAACGACAGUGGAACGUUUUGUCUUGUUAAAUAUCACGUUUUUUUUGUUUGAUUUUGUGUUUCUCUCCUUUUUUUAUACAUAUGUUUAAAAUUCUUGUGACGUUUCUGUUUGACACACGAAGCUGUUGGUUGCAGUAAGCCUCCACUCAGUUGUGAGUUUGUGCGACAUCCACUCAGCACGGUGGCUGCGGCCACACGAGGGCAGAUAAAGGCAAUAACAGCUGCUCUCCCUCCAUGUACUGUACUGCACGUCAGAUCCUGCCUCCACCCUUUUUGUUUGUAUUAAAUGUAAGAGCCUCCACUACAGAGCAAUGCAGCAUGAAAGCACUUCAUAUCUGAGGGGUUCUACGUGGGGCAGGUUUUAGGGUGCUGGUCCUCUGAACGCUGCUGAGACGGGUCUGGGCUCAGGCCUCAUCUCUCUCGGCAGCUGACGGACGGCGAGUGGAUAUCAGGAAGGAUUUUCACGGCUCGUAUAGCAGCCCGAGUGUCCCAUCUGUCCCCAUCGCCCACGCCAUGCCUCUUGUUCGUAAUGCCAUAUGUUUUGCACAUUGUGUACAUAUUUCUAUAGAUGUGGAUGCAUAUUUUUCUACAUGUGUAACAUUCAUGGGCUCUUGAUGAUUAUUAUUUUUUUGUACAUACUCUGAAAGAUGUAUAUAAAGUACCGUACGCUUUUACAUGUYAAUAAAAGUUUGGUGUACUGUGGAAAAA